AUGCCAAGCAUCCAACCUCACGAUGAAAGUCCUGGAGUUGUCAAUAGAACUGGCGAAUUUGACACCAGUGUGAUUGCGCCUGCAGAGGCGCCGAAGCGGUCGCCAUGGAAGGCGUGGAUGUAUCUUUGGGAAUGGUAUCCCAAGCACUAUCCUGAGGAGGAGAGAAAGUUGUUGCGGAAGAUGGACGCGUGUCUCCUGACUUUUUGCUCUUUCAUGUUCUUUCUCAAAUGGCUCGACUCGUCAAACAUAAAAAACGCCUAUGUGUCUGGGAUGAAAGAGGAACUCAACCUGCGAGGCAACGAGUACUCGCUCUUUGACACCUUUUACAACGUUGGCUAUCUCGUGUUCCAAGUACCAUCUCUACUGAUUCUAUCGCGACCAAAACUUGCCAGGUACUACCUACCGACUAUGGAGGUACUCUGGUCAAUUGUGACCUUUUGCCAAAGCCAGAUGCGAAAUCAACACGACAUCUAUGGCACCCGGUUUUUGAUGGGCUUGCUCGAGACGCCUGUCGCAUCCGGUACGACAUUCGUUCUUGGCUCUUGGUACAGGCCCGAGGAAGUCUUCAAGCGUACCGGAGUGUGCGUCCAUGGUAUGGCUGGAUGGCGCUGGCUGUUCAUUAUUGACGGAGUAAUUUCACUCCCUAUCGCGCUAGCCGGGUACCUCAUCUUCCCUGGCCUGCCCAGUAGUACGAAGCCUUGGUGGCUUACGCCAAAAGAACAUGAACUUGCCCGUACGCGUAUGGCGAGAGCUGGAGUUGCACCUAGCCAGGAUCUGAGCUGGACUGUCGCAAAGCGCACUUUCCUACGCUGGGAGUUUUACAUGGGCGUUCUCUGCUAUACCUUUUUCUUAUCCUCCUCGUAUCCCCACGGCCAAAUGGCAAUCUGGCUCAAAGAUCUCGCCGCCAAAACCCCUGGCGCCUACACCAUUGCCCAGAUCAACACGAUUCCUACUGGCGCCCAAGGUGUUUCCGUCUUUGCCGCCUUACUCGCCACCUCGCUUUGCAUGGUCUACCCACUGUGGACCGUCUUCUCUAUCGUGCAAACCAUCUACAUAGUCGCCAACAUAUCGCUUUUGAUUUGGAACAUCCCCAAGGGCUAUCACUUUGCCUGCUACUAUCUCCUCGGAGUCUCUGCAGCCAUAACACCCAUUCUCAUGCCCUUCAUCAACAUGGCGCUUCGCGACGAUGCUGAAGCGCGUGCUGUCACUGUGGGAGCUAUGUUUACAGGUGGCUGGGCAGUAUCUUCAUUCUACCCCAUCACAGUGUUUCCGAUUGUCGAGGGCCCCAAGUGGACCAAGGGGUACGCUGUAAACAUCUGCUUCAUCGUAGGUUGCUGGAGCACAUUUCUGGUCAUGCAGUACCUGUACAAGAAGAGCGAAAACAAGAAAGCCGCUAGGCAGGUGAGGGAGGUAUCAAAGGACUCGGAAGACGCAUCAGGUGUGGACGUCAAGACCAUGGUGGAAACUGAGCACACCGAAGUCGGGAAAUAA